CGACAAGCGCCACCUCCGUCGCGGACUCUGCCUCGCGCACGUUCAUCGCCCGCCCACACGCGCACUCACAGCACUCCAUACCUACUACAACUGAGCACGACGACCGAAGUCCGCGCUCGGUAGCGAGCCGCUACGAGUUAACUAGCGAUGGGGAGAAGGAAGAUUGAGAUCAAGCCCAUCCGCGAUGACCGCAACCGCAGCGUAACCUUCCUCAAGCGCAAAGGCGGCCUCUUCAAGAAGGCUCACGAGCUAUCCGUCCUCUGUUCCGUCGAUGUCGCCGUGGUCAUCUUUGGCCAUAACAAGAAGUUGUACGAGUACUCCUCGUCGGAUAUCAACGAGAUCAUUGGGCGGUUCCAAUAUUAUGGCGGCGCCCAUGAACACAAAGGGCCUCAAGACUUUGCGGACAAGACUGGAGGUGGUGACGAUGACGACGAGGAUGGAGAUGGUGGCGAGGAUAUGGGCGGCGACGAGCACAGAGGAACUCCAGAUCCUUCGAUGAUGCACCCGCAGAUGGUGAACCACCCAGGCUUCCAGCACGUUAGACACGGGACACCGCAGGCUUCACCGCCAAUGCACAGUGCGGGUAUGCCACAGUUCACACGCGGUCCAUCGCCUAUGCCCCCGGGGAUGUCUGUUUCACGGCCCAAUUCUCGCAAUGCUCCACAUCCAGGUGGUGCACAACACAUCCGAAGAACAAGUUCAAACCUGGCUCAGCACCCUCCAGGAGCCCAGCCCAGUUAUGCCUACCAGCCAAACCCACCAUUCUACAAUCCACAGGCCGCACCAAUGCAGGGCAGACCGCCCCCCGGAUCUGUGCCUCCACCAGGCUCGUAUCCCGCACCAUAUCCACCACAACCUCCACAGCACCCUCAGAUGCAGCAAGCAUUCAUGCAGGACCAGCGGCGCACCUCGAUGCCUCCAAAUUUCCCGCCGCAGCCUCCGCCGCAGCCAAAUAUGCAGAGAAAUCCGUCAUCGGAACACCUUGCGCCCCCUGGACAACAAGCACAUCCAUCUCCUAGACUACGGCAGCAGCAAAGGCCGACGCCCUCUCCACAGCCUCCCCAACACCAGUUCCAGAGCCCACCUAUACCGCAACCAAAGCCACUACCAGCACAUGCCAAGUCUCACAGCAUAUUCACGCCCAUAGAUGAUAGCCGAUCAAUGCUCGCGCAGCACUGGGGAGGUCCCAGCAACUCCGAGGCAGGCUCCGAUCCCUCAAUCAAGAUUGAAGGCGGUGGACCUCGAUCGCAAUCCAUAGAUGUGGCACAAAUGCACAGAGAGAAUCACGCAAGGGCGAAUGGAUUAUCGCCAAGACCGCCGCCUUCUGGACCGUCAUCCGCGAUGUCAUCGCCACAGCCUCCGCAACGGACAACCAGCACUCCGACCAUUGUCGGUCCGCCGCGCACGGGAUCGGUCCAAAACGAGGCUAAAAGACCUCGACUGAAGGUGCAGAUACCGAGUGAACAAUCUGGGGAUGAAGGCGGUACCGCAGAGUCCGCGCAAGAUUUGGACACGAGUGAAGUGCAAACAGCAAACACUGGAAACGGCGGGCCACCUCAGCCACAGGUUCCCCCUCAUGGAGUCGUGUUGCCGCCUCCCUCUCCCAGUGCUGGUGCUCUGCUGUCAGCUGGCGCGCAAGGCCCACCCAAUCCGUUUGCCAGACCAGCCCCGCCUAUGAGUACGAAUCCGCACGCUGCCAAUCGUGAGGCCAAUCAUAUUGAAACACCCAUAUCCGCUUUGCCUAGUAGGUUCAUGAAUAAUGAGCUUUUGCCCUCGCCGUCUGCUUUCUAUCCGGCCGACUGGGGAAACAAUAUGCUGCCUUCACCUUUCACAUUCCAGACACCAGUAGCCGGGAAUGGGCCUAGCUGGCGCACUGAGGAUGAUCGAAAACGAGCUGGCGAGGAGCAAGAACAGGAGGAGAGCGAGGCAAAACGAAAGAAAACAUAAUAUUUGCUCUUACAGCAUCACUGCAGUAAUAACAGCCGCUUUUGACGCUUUCUCUGAAUUACGAAAAUCAGAGAACCGGCGCGCGAAGCAGUACGGACCUAUGAUCGAGACACAAUGAGAUUUACUUGGAGGCGACGUUUCACUAUUUUAAUGGCUGUACGAUCUUCAGAGCGACAUGAAAGCGAGCGAGGAUCAGAAAGACUCUCCUUCACAAUGUAUUCGGUAUGGCGUUGAGCCCAUGUAUGCAAGCUACAGAUUGAGCGUAUUUAUCGGCGACUGUGUGCGCUGAGAGUCUGAGACAUGGGCGGAUGCGGACGCGGCGAAAGCAGCUCAGCUUCGAAGCUUCAAUAAAC